UCUUGCGCUCGCUCAGUCGUUCUAGUAUCACGUGUUCGGAAUAUUGUCCGAGAAUCGGCACCGUCGACCGUGCAUGAGAAGUGAACUCGUUUCCGAGUUGUGCCUGUCGGAAGGAGAUCUCUGCCGAGUCAGGAGCUACCGCGAUCCUUCUGCCAGUCGUGCGAUCCUUCCGGUGGCUCUGAAAUCCGUUUCCCCGGCGGCGGAAGAGUCUCGCCUGGUUCCCCGAUAAACAUGACGGAAUGCACAGCGCGCUGGAUCUUGGCAAUAAUCUUCGCCACCCUAAUACUAAAACAAGAAGUUUUAGCGGGUGGCAAGAAAAUUAGUCGAGACAGUGAAACGCGAGCCACAAGAUCAGGAACCAAGAACGAUCCUGCGGAUUUAGAAGGCUCGGAGACUUCGUAUAAUUUACCCUUUCUGCAGAAUCCUUAUCAUUCCAUCUCUUAUAAGGUGCCACCAAGUGUCAGCUUUUUCCCAAGUUUUACGGCUAGUAAAGCGAAUAGAAACGAGAGGUACCUGUACAAUUUUAACUUCGCUCAAAAUUUCACGAGCAACAUUCAUCAAGAAAUUAGAUGUGGCGAUACCUAUCCACGUGGUUGCCUGGAUUCGAGAUACAGAUCUUACGACGGUUCUUGUAAUAAUCUUUAUCAUCCCACGUGGGGCAUGGCAAACACGAGAUAUGGACGGCUGUUACCCGCAAAUUAUGGCGACGGAAUUCGAUCGCCUACGACUUCAGUGACUGGAACACAACUACCGCCUUCUCGAUUGGUUAGUACUACUUUGUUUCCACCUGUGGAUGUUGACGAUCCGAUAUGGACAUUGGCGGCGAUGCAAUGGGGACAAAUAAUUACCCACGACAUGGCCCUGAUUGACGGAACUACUCAAUCAAAGGCACACGCGACGCAGUGCUGCACCCCUGAUGGGCAAUUAGUAGACCCACUGCUGAGUCACGGUCAAUGCUACCCUAUACUGAUCCCUUUCGACGACCACGUCUUCAGCAAGGCCAACAUAAGGUGUAUGAACUUUGUUCGUAGUACGACUGACCUUGACCGUGGCUGCUCCUCGGAAUACAAACCAGCAGAACAGUUGACCGUAGUUACGCAAUACUUGGAUCUUUCUUUGGUGUACGGAUCCAGUGAUCAAGUGGCAGCUAGCUUGAGAGCCGGUGCUGGCGGUCGACUCAAUGUAGAUGUCCGACAUGGUAGAGAAUGGCCACCUGCAGCAACCAAUAAGAGCCAACAAUGCGACACCACGGGCCACGAAGAAGUGUGUUAUCUAACCGGUGACACUCGAACUAAUCAGAAUCCCCAGCUGGCCGUUCUGCAAAUAAUACUGCUCAGGGAGCAUAAUCGCGUGGCAGAUGCUUUAGCUGGCAUAAAUCCGCACUGGACAGACGAAACGAUCUUCCAAGAGGCGCGGCGCAUAGUAAUCGCAGAACAUCAGCACAUUUCCUAUUACGAAUGGCUGCCGAUAUUCUUAGGUAUUCAUAACACUUAUGGAAACAAAAUUCUGUACGAGACAGACGACUACGUGAACGAUUACGAUCCGAACGUGAAUGGAAAUGUUCUGAACGAACAUUCGACUGCUGCUUUCAGAUAUUUCCAUUCCCUAAUCGCCGGUUUUCUGAAUCUAGUAACUAAACAACGUUUCACAAGAGGUUCGUUGAGGCUCAGCGACCAUUUCAACAGGGCCGGCAUCAUCGAAGAAGACGACAAUAUGGACGGGCUGACGAGAGGCAUGUCUUAUCAGCCUGAAAAAGCCAGCGAUCGGUACUUCGACGCAGAAAUUACGCAAUUCUUAUUCAGAAAUGGGCAACCCUUGGGAUCGGAUCUCCGUGCGAUAGAUAUUCAAAGGAAUCGCGAUCACGGUCUUGCAUCGUACAAUCAAUUCCGCGAGUAUUGCGGUUUACCAAGAGCAAAAGACUUUGCGGAUUUCACUGAUUAUAUCUCACCUCCGAAUGUGGAAAAACUAUCCGAACUAUACGCCAGUCCUGAUGACGUCGAAUUAACUGUUGGUGGCUCGUUAGAGACACACGUGCCGGGCACACUUACCGGCCCAACGUUUUUGUGCAUUCUCACUAGACAAUUUUAUCGAACACGAGUGGGCGAUCGUUAUUGGUACGAACGAGGCGACGAUCAAAUAGCAUUUACUUUAGAACAAUUAAAUGAAAUACGCAAGGCCAGUAUAUCCAGAUUAUUCUGUGAUAACGGGGACCACAUUCGUCAGAUGCAGCCGAGAGGAUUCGAGCAAGUGUCUGCCAAAAACCCAAUCAUGAGCUGCGCUAACAUUCCGGCGGUGGAUCUCUCGUCGUGGAAAGAUUACGCACCGGAAAUAGCAACUCAUCAACAAUUACAGUUUCCACAGUUUAAAAAGUGAAUACGAUUGUUCGUCGAAACUAAAAAAAUUGUUUAAAUUAUUGAGAGAUUCCGAGAUAUAAUUAAAUGUAGAUAUAACUGUAAUUAUUGUAACUGUAAGAAGCGUUAUUAACCGGUGGUGUUAGUUUGCUGCACGAACUGGACACCUCCUAACGGUAGUAUUAAUAAAAGUGCAUUAUUUUUUCAAAAUUCUGUUCAAUCUUGAAACUGUUAUAUUAACGGUCACACGUUUAUUAUCCUUCUUGUUAAUUACGUUAACAAGAAGUAUAAAAUUAGGAAAACAUUUCUUGUGCAGCAUGAUCUGAAGAAAAAUCAAGAUCGCACAAACGCUUUUUAAUCCAUUAAUACUCUUGUUAUUGCUAAAAAUACAUUUCCAGUAAUGUUGUCA